AUGGAUGGUGUGAGUAUGCCGAUCGGCGUGUGGGAUCUUUACUGGGAUUCAGGCCUCAUUUUUGCACGAAUUUUUCAGAUUUUGGCAUCAGAGAAACUGGGCUACAACGUGGAGAUCUUGGGCGGAUCCAGCAAUAGCAAUUCCGUUGUUUUUCGCCUCGCAGGUUGCAACGAAUCUGAUGUUCUUUCAGCAUCAUGCUUCUCAGCACCACGACGCUUCCACUUUUCGUUCGAAAGCUGGGGGAACUACCAGCAAUACGUCCCAACCCUGCUAAAAGAACUUGGAGAUCGAGGGCCUGUGAAUUUGGGAGGUGUGGGUUAUCCAGGCACAGAAGGACUGCACGUCUUGGGCGGCGCAAUCAAUCGAGCGCUGUCAGAUCGCGGCCUCUCGUUGCUGUACUACCGCAACUACAAUGCGGAUUGGUUUCGGGUGAAUGACUACACUGCGAGGGUUUCAGAUGUGAAUUUGUCCAGGCUUGGAACUUGCGAUGACGGUGUGAAUACAGGCUACGGCUUUUUUGCGUCUGACUACCUAGCGGCAACAGGAGACACUGAAGGUGUGUACACCACCACCGAGGGCGAGGUCCGAAAGAUCUAUGUGUUGCAGGAAAAGGUAAGUGGCAGGGGUGUAGGCUACUACUCACCCGCAGACAACGUGGGUUUAGUCUUCAAGUGCAAAAAGAAGGAGUACUGCCCUGGUGUUCCAUGCGAAGGUGGUGACUAUGCAUUGGUUAGCAUCUUGCUUGUCCUUCUCUUGGUGGCGACUACAAUAGCAUAUUUUGCAUUUGCUGCCAAGGAUGCAAGAGGGGGGCCCUCUCAAAGUUUCAUUAUUGUUUCAUGCAGCAUGGGACAGUUGGCGGUAUCCCUUCAAGUCAUUUCUCUAAUCCACCAAUUUGGAUUGAAUUGGAGCGAACCAAUUGCCUCCUUGAUGACCGCUACCGAAAUCAUGGUCCUCGAGCUGAACUUCUUAUCUAUAGAUUGCCUCACCCCAGAGAAUGCAGUGACGCUUUUCUCCUUUCACGCCAUGGUUCUGCCUUUGCUUUUGGUGGUUCUUUGUCUUAUCCAUUUCUUCGUGGUCGUCGUGAGACGUGGCAAAACCUGGCAACUUCAUCAACUAACUCAAGUCCUCGGCUCUUCGUGCAUCGUGAUCUUCAUCUCCUUUUGCUCUUCUUUGAUGCCGCCUUUGAUUUGCCAGACUCAUCCCAACCAGCUUUCGACGGUGCGGGCCUAUCCAUCAGUGUUUUGCGGCGACUCACAGCAUCUCACGAUGGUCCUCAUCAGUUCUUUUGGAUUCCUACUACCCUUUGCUUUCCUUGCCUUCAGUUUUUGGCUGGUCUUGCAAGUGCCUAGCAGGCUUAAGAGCUCAGAUUUGAGGUUCAUGCGUGGCUGCUCCUUUCUGUUUGGUCGCUUUCGACCAGGAGCCGAGCCUUUCGCUGUUUGGCUUUUGCUUCGUAACGCCGUACUUGUUUUGCUGCCUUUGGCCCCCCAAAGUGCGGGCACUUUUGUGAUGACUGUCGUCCUUGCUCUCAGUGCGAUCAUAUCUGCUGCGUGGAAACCCUGGCACAUGAUGGCCUGCAAUUGGUUGGAUGUCUUUCUCACAGCCUCCACAGUGUUCAUCUCUAGCUUGGGCUUGCAUGUUGCAGGUGAGGUCAAUGAACAGUUGACGAUUGUUGCAUGCUUGACACUCCUCAUCCUUAUGUUCACUUCAAUCUUGGGCUUGAUAGUUUACGGAGCUUUCAAGUUUUGCACCAGAAAUGAGAAGACCUACAAGUUCUUCAUUUCACACCACAAGAGCAAAGCCGGAAGUGUGGCACGGUGGCUGAAGAUGUUGCUCUUGCAACGUGGUAAACGAUUCACCACCUUCGUGGAUUGCGACAAUCUCAGCGACCUCACAAAGCUCUUUUGGCAUUUGAGUCAUGAGACUGCCACUUGCAUCGUGUUGCUCUCGCCCGACAUCUUAAAGCGCAAGUGGUGUGUGGGGGAAAUUGCCACUGCAAGGCUACAUGGUGUGCACUCUGUCAUGAUUGCCUGGCCAGACUAUGUAAAGCCAGAUGAGGCCUUCAUCAACGACUAUACCACUUUAGUCCCAGACAUUGUCCAUCUUGUGCAUCACAAUAUCAGUUUGGCUGACGUUCAAGAAUCUUUGCGCUGGAUCAACAGCUUGCAGACGUUCUCACUUCCCACAGCGUUGAAUUUAGAGUCAAUGGUGGACGUGGUAAACAAGCUGACUGGAACCUCGCCCCACAUCAAACGCUUAUCCGACGACACAGAAAAGGUGCAAAGCUGCUGCAUCAUGGCAGACCCUGGCAACUUCGAAGCUGUUGCCGCAGCGUUCGUAAUCAGUGACUUGAUAAACCUCCACUUCAUGUCUUUGACAAGCCAGACAGUGGUCAUGAUGCAGGGUGACAACGUUCCUGACAAUACGCUCUACGCAGUGGUGGUGUGCAGCGGAGGCUGCUUCGACUCGGUGUACUGGGCAACUUGGAUGGUCCAACUCGGCCAAAAGCCGUGCAUGGCUCUGCCAGUGUUUGCUGACGAGGACUUUCAGGUCCCAGGUGCCUAG